AUGCAGUCUGAUGACCUCUUCCUCCGCAAGUUCUGCCGGCAGAGGCCACGACCUCCUCUGGCAACGGUCAACUUUGACUCUAAGCGGGACGGUGGGGUACGGGCGCGGGUGCUGGCAGGGGAGUGGCCCCCGAGGAGGGACGGGGAGGGGGCAGAUGGGGAGAGCCUUAUUACCCCGAACCGUGUGGGUCUGAACCUGAGGUCAGUGGGCCGAGGACACAUCAUGCAGAGAAGCAACAGUGACGUGACUCUGGGUGACCUGGACUCUUCUGGUAAGGCGGGAGGGAAGGCCACACGGGCGGUGGGGGAGAAGGCAGGUGCCGGGGCCCAGGGGGACUCAGGGGUGAUGCUGCACAGGGAAUAUGGCAGCCUCUCCUCACUGGAAAAACAGACAGGUCUGUCAGGAACCCAGGAGCUCAGUGCAGAGGACCAGGGAGCUCUGAGCCCCAACGCCCUCCGCUUCAAAGACCCCUUCCUGCUGCUGGGCCUGCAUGCAACCCCCCCAGAACCAGACGGCUUCUUCAGGGCUCUGUCCGCCCCCACAGGAGACACCCCAAAACCAGCCAAGCCCCCCAAGCCUGAGGGGCUGAGCAAGAAGGCCAAGCCUUCACCCCCACAGAUCCCCCAACCAGGUCCUCAUGACAACCUGGAGGGCGGAGCCUGGGUCAGGAACUUUGCCCACUAUGAUGUCCAGAGCAUUCUGUUUGACCUCACGAAAGUAGCCAGCAACCGAGACAGCAUCAGCCGCAAAAAGAACAUCACCUCAGGGGCGUCGGCCGCCUCAACGAUGCGCCCCCUCAACCAGGCCACGCCCUCCUCGCCCUCGCAGGGUGGGGGCGGUGGUGGGGGGGCUGUGGAGGACCCGGAGCAGUGUCUGCUGGACGAGGGAGACGGCAACGACAACGAACUGCUGCUCAGCUGCCCACACUUCCGUAACGAGAUGGGGGGUGAGGAGCGGGCGGGCCUGGGGCGUACGCAGGGCAGAGGGGGCCUGUGGCUGAGCCUGAGGAACCCCAAUGAUGCAGUGUCAGUACUGGAGGAACCCAGAGAGAGCCACGUCCAGCAGCAGGGCAAGAGCAACUACUUCAUAGAACAUGCAGACCUGGGAGCCCACUACUACCGCAAAUACUUCUACAUGAAAGGUGAGUGCUGCGUCGGUGUGUGUGAGACAUCAUGUUUGCUUUUCUUGAAUAAAUUAAUGAGGCUGUUUGUGUUAGUCAACAACGACGUUAUACGGACAUUUCUUUCCACUCCUCAGAUCAUCAGAACUUCUUUGGUAUGGACGACCGCUUGGGUCCAGUGGCCAUCAGCUUCCGUAGAGAGGAGAAGGAGGGAUCCAGUGGAGCUCAGUAUAACUACAGAAUCAUCUUCAGAACCACUGAGGUCAGUCUACACUACACACUCACGGUCGAUAUUAGUAUACAGUUUUGACGGACUUAUAGAUCCUUUUAUGAAUACAUACUGUCAUUCACACAAUACACAUACCCAUACUUACUAUUAUUGCACAUGAAAACACUAAUUUAUCCAUCUACUCACACCCCUCUGGACUGUCCCUGCCUCCCAGCUGAAGACUCUGCGAGGCUCCAUCCUGGAGGAGUCCGUGCCCUCAGCGGCCCGCCACACCACCCCGCGCGGCCUGUCUCCCAAGAGGCUCCUGGAGUUCAUCAUCCCUGACCUCAACCUCCACUGCCUGCGCCUGGCCUCCACCUCGCCCAAGGUCCGAGACACCCUGCUCAAGCUGGACGAACAGGGGGUGAGUAGGAAACACCCACGCUGCCUCGUCUUCCACUGCAACAGGAGAACCCCUGAGUUGACCCCUCUCAGUGUUCUGUGCAUGGCCAAUAAGAUGUCAGAUCCAUCAGGAUACUCUUUGAGAUGGGUCACGUAAACCUCUGGUACAGUCUACAGAGAAAUGUGUCUGAUCUAUCCAUUCUGAUACUAUCACUUGAACUUGAACAGGCAUUCAGAGAUUUAAUGAAAAGUGAUUCUCAUCUACUCUCACUUCUAUCCUCUCUCCCUCUCUCUUUCUCUCUCUCUCUCUAUCUCUCGCUCUCUCUCUAUCUCUCUCUCUCUAUCUCUGCUCUUCUUCUCUCUCUCUCUCUCUUCUCUCUCUCUCUCUCUCUCUCUCUCUCUCUCUCUCUCUCUCUCUCUCUCUCUCUCUCUCUCUCUCUCUCUCUCUCUCUAUCUAUCUAUCUAUCUAUCUAUCUGUCUAGCUGAACUUCCAGAGGAAGGUGGGAGUGAUGUACUGCCGUGCAGGCCAAAGCUCUGAGGAGGACAUGUACAAUAACGAGAGCUCUGGGCCGGCUUUCGAAGAGUUCCUGGACCUCCUGGGGGAGCGAGUGAAGCUGAAGGGCUGGGAGAAGUACCGCGCUCAGCUGGACACCAAGAGUGAGCACUGCACAUACAUUCAUUAUUACACUAUCUACACAUUAUCUACAGGCAGGAUAUAUACUGAACAAAAAUAUAAAUGCAACUUGUAAAGUGUUGGUCCCAUGUUUCAUUUGCUGAAAUAAAAGAUCCCCAAAAUUUUCCAUAGCACAAAAAGCUUAUUUCUCUCAAAGGUUGUGUAUAAAUUUGUUUACAUCCAUGUAAGUGAGCAUUUCUCCUUUGUCAAGAUAAUCCAUCCACCUGACAGGUGUGGCAUAUCAAGAAGCUACACAGGUGCACCUUGUGCUGGGGACAAUAAAAGGCCACUCUAAAAUGUGCAGUUUUGUCACACAACACAAUACCACAGAUGUCUCAAGUUUUGAGGGUGCGUGCAAUUGGCAUGCUGACUGCAGGAAUGACCACCAGAGUUGUUGCCAGAGAAUCUAAUGUUCAUUUCUCUACCAUAAGCCGCCUCCAACAUCGUUUUAGAGAAUUUGGCAGUAUGUCCAACCGGCCUCACAACCACAGACCACGUGUAACGACGCCAGCCCAGGACCUCCACAUCCGGCCUUUUCACCUGCGGGGUUUGGUCUGAGACCAGCCACCUGGACAGCUGAUGAAACUGUGGGUUUGCACAAGAGAAUCAUUUCUGCACAGACUGUCAGAAACUGUCUCAGGGAAGCUCAUCUGCGUGCUCGUCGUCCUCCCCUAGGGUCUUGACCUGACUGCAGUUCGGCUUCUUAACUGACUUCAGUGGGCAAAUGCUCACCUUCGAUGGCCACUGGCAAGCUGGAGAAGUGUGCUCUUCACAGAUGAAUCCCAGUUUCAACUGUACCGGGCAGAUGGCAGACAGCGUGUAUGGCGUUGUGUGGGCGAGCGGUUUGCUGAUGUCAACGUUGUGAACAGAGUGCCCCAUGGUGGCGGUGGGGUUAUGGUAUGGGCAGGCAUAGGCUACGGACAAUGAACACAAUUGCAUUUUAUCAAUGGCAAUUUGAAUGCACAGAGAUACCGUGAAGAGAUCCUGAGGCCAAUUGUUGUGCCAUUCAUCCGCCGCCAUCACCUCAUGUUUCAGCAUGAUAAUGCACAGCCCCAUGUUGCAAGGAUCUGUACACAAUUCCUGGAAGCUGAAAAGGUCUUCCAUGGCCUGCAUACUCACCAGACAUGUCACCUAUUGAGCAUGUUUGGAAUGCUCUGGAUCGACGUGUACAACAGUGUGUUCCAGUUCCCAUCAAUAUCCAGCAACUUCGCACAGCUGUUGAAGAGGAGUGGGACAACAUUCCACAGGCCACAGUCAACAGUCUGAUGAACUCUAUGCGAAGGAGAUGUGUCACGCUGCAUGAGGCAAAUGGUGGACACACUGACUGGUUUUCUCAUUCACGUCCCUACCUUUUUUUAAAGGUAUCUGUGACCAACAGUUGCAUAUCUGUAUUCCCAGUCAUGUGAAAUCCAUAGAUUAGUGCCUAAUUUAUUUAUUUCAAUUGACUGAUUUCCUUAUAUGAACUGUAACUCAGUAAAAUCGUUGAAAUUGUUGCACGUUGCAUUUAUAUUUUUUGUUCAGUGUAUAUAUUCAGUCACACGCUAUGCUCAUGUAAGUCGCUCUGGAUAAGAGCAUCUGCUAAAUCACUAAAAUGUAAUGUCAUGUAAUCUACAGGGCAUCAGGGCCAGUGAACACAUAAGAUAAACACUAUCUAACACGGUGUAAUCGUACCAGUAAUUGGGAGAAGUUGUAUAGUCACUGUGUGUCCUUUAUCUCUAUACUGUCUAUCACUGUGUAAUCUCAGCACUUAAAGUCAGACUGAUAGGUUUUUAGUCUGUGUUUACACUAUCUGGAGACUCUCACUUUGUUAGCUUCGAGGCUGAUAACGACGUGUGUAAAUCUUUCAAUGUGUGUGCGUGUGCGUGUGUGUGUGUGUGUGUAUAUACAGCGGACUCCACGGGGAUCCAGUCCCUCUACACGCGCUACCAGGACUUUGAGGUCAUGUUUCAUGUGUCCACCAUGCUGCCGUACACAGCCAACAACACACAACAGGUAACAAACAACACACAAUACAUAUACACACUACACACUGCUUUACAGGACACUAAGUAAAACCCAGUCAGAUAACUUUAAGCCAUAGUAACGAUAAUGUAAUAAUAUGGUUGUUUAGAAAUUCCCUUUUCAUCUAAAACGGAUCUUUUAUACAAGCAUAGUUAGGUCUUUUUUUGGCAAAUAUUGAAGAGAAUAAUCAACUUCCACAAGCAACAUUCCUGGCGAAAAUGUAUGAAAAAUAAUCUUCUUGAUUCUGUGUUCAUGGUAUCAAUAUUCUUUGGUGGUAAAACCUACACAUUUCCCCAUAUUCAAAUGAAGGCUUUCAAACUUGAAUAAUGUCGCACAAUAAGCAUGGCAGGCAAAUUAUUUGUUCCUCUGCGUUUCUAUGUCCAACUCCCACUCUAAAAGCCCAUACACUAUAGUUAGUGAGCUACUGCCUCUCUGUCUGUUUGGCUGGCCGUCAGGCUGGGGAGCCUCUCACAUCUGUCAGCUCUUCUGUGCCAACCUCCCGAGUGGCACAGUGGUCUAAGGCACUGCAUCACAGUGCUAGCUGUGCCACUAGAGAUCCUGGUUCAAAUCCAGGCUCUGUCGUAGCCGGCCGCGACCGGGAGACCCGUGGGGUGGUGCACAAUUGGCCCAGCGUUGUCCAGGGUAGGGUAGGGGAGGAAAUGGCCGGCAGGGAUUUAGCUCAGUUGGUAGAGCAUGGCGUUUGCAACACCAGGGUUGUGGGUUCGAUUCCCACGGGGGGCCAGUAUGAAAAAAUAUAUAAUAAUAUAUAUUUUUAAAUAAUAAUGUAUGCACUCACUAACUGUAAGUCGCUCUGGAUAAGAGCGUCUGCUAAAUCACUAAAAUGUAAAAUGUGAUUUGGAAACACGACACCGUGCAAAUAACUAACACCAAAUAACUAACUGCACAUGAUCAUUAGUGGAUUAAAUAACCAAAAUGUAUUAACAGCUCUCUUGACCACCUCUAACCCUCUCCCUCUUCCCCCCUCUCUCUCUCUAUCUCUCUCUGGUACUGUAGUUGCUGAGGAAGAGGCACAUAGGGAAUGACAUAGUGACCAUAGUGUUCCAGGAGCCAGGGGCUCUGCCCUUCACUCCUAAGGCCAUCCGCUCCCAUUUCCAACAUGUCUUCAUCAUCGUCCAGGUGGAACAGUCCUGCUCUGACCACACCUACUACAGGUGAGAUAAGAUCCUUCUCUCCUGCUGUACCACUGUCCCUGGCUGCUCCACAACUGUCUCUGUAUGUCUCCUGCUGUACCACUGUCCCUGGCUGCUCCACAACUGUCUCUGUAUGUCUCCUGCUGUACCACUGUCCCUGGCUGCUCCACAACUGUCUCUGUAUGUCUCCUGCUGUACCACUGUCCCUGGCUGCUCCACAAUGUCUCUGUAUGUUUAUCUGCAGAGAUUACAGGUGUAAGUACUGUGUAACAACAUGUUUACUGUUAUCACAUUGUAUUUACAAGGGUAUCAAAACUAGGACUGUGCUGCAAGACUAUGAUUAUGGUGUUGGAUUUUGGAUUUUUUUACCCUGACAAUAUCUCUCUCCCCCAGGGUGGCGGUGACACGCUCCAAAGACAUCCCGUUAUUCGGGCCUCUGUUCCCUAAGGGUGCUCGAUUCCCCCGUUCCCCUGCCUUCAGAGACUUCCUGCUGGCCAAGGCGGUGAACGCUGAGAACGCUGCCGAGAAGGCGGAGAAGUUCCGCUCCAUGGCCAUGCGUACACGACAGGAGUACCUGAAGGACCUGGCAGAGAACUACGUGACCACCACGCCCAUCGACUCCUCCACCAAGUUCCCCCUGCUGUCACUGGGGGGCAAGCGCAAAGACAAACUGAAGGGGGCCAAGGGGGCAGAGCUUCACAGUGCUGGGGCGCUAGUCUGGGCUGUGAUGGCCACCAGUGGGAAUGAGGAGGAGACAGGAGGACAAAAGCUGCCCUGUCUAUUGGGGGUUUCAGCUGAAUCAGUGGUGCUGAUCGAGAGAUACACACGGAGGGUGGUGUUCAACUGCUGCUGCCGCGACGUGAUUGGCUGGAAAGCGGUGACAGACAGCAGGACCAUCGGCUGGCCUUUCCUGGAUAUCUUCUAUGAGAGGGGGGAGGCAGUGUUAAUCAGUGUGAUGGACAGCCAGGCAGAGGAGAUACGGGAGAUGGUGCAGAGACUGGAGGUGAGUGGGAAGGCUUUCAAACACCACUGCUAAUAUGGUGUUAUUGCAUCAUGGUUUCUGUUCCGAUGUUACAUAACUGUUUUCAACUCACUGUGUCCUGUUGUUGUCUUUAGCUGGUGACGCGGGGCUGCGAGGCGCGGGAGGUGACCCCGCUGCGUGACGGGGUGGGCCAGCCAGGCUUCCUGAUGAGCGAGGAAGGCUUUGUGACGGACCUGCAGCGAUUUGGCUAUGCGGAGAGUGGGGGUCUGCAGCUGGGGGCGCGGGUGGUGCGGCUGUGUGGUCACGCCCUGGUGCACCUGGGGCCGGAGGAGAGAGCCAGACUGCUCCGCACCGCCCACAAGAUCCACAUCACCGUCAUCCCUCCAGAUGAGAACGGCAAGCCCCGCAGGUCAGAGAGGGGGGUUAGGGGGAGUGAGAGAUGGAUGGGGAUAGAGGACAGAGGGGAGGGUAACAUGGCGAGGAUUAGGGGAGAGGCAGAUAUGGAGAGAGGGAUGGGGCUUGUAAAGUGUUUUAGUAGUGUAGUAGGUGAAGAGUAAUGUUGAUGAGGGGAUGAGGGGUUAAAGGAGGAGGAGGAGGGAGGGCUGAUUAACUCAGGAGGCCAGGGAGGCACCAUGCCAGGGUCACAGCUCACUCUAUUGUUUAUGGCGUGCUGUAUUCAGUGUGCCACCAGCUGGCUAACCACCAAUCAAUGGCUCUAAUGGCCUCUAAUGAUAGUGGCCAAGGUAGUGGCCGUUAGCUGAAACCUCUACAUUAUUUUAAUGUCAACCAGAUUGUGGCCUGGUAAAGGAGGAACUGCUCAGAUAGAGGAAAGGGAACACUAAACAGGAUAUUAGCUUCACAACUUUGCUUACCACAUGUCAAACUGGCUAGUGGAAAUAUCUAGAGCGAUAGAAGCCCCUCAUUAGUGGAUGCUGCUUUGACAGUCAUGUUCAACAACAACCCAAAAAGUGUGGCGGCUGUCACAAAGUUGUCACAUCUUGUGAUAGGGAAUGACACUAAUUGGAUUUCAAAGAGAUUCCAUGUUUCUUCAUAAGUAUAAAUAUAUACAGUGAGGGAAAAAAAGUAUUUGAUCCCCUGCUGAUUUUGUACGUUUGCCCACUGACAAAGAAAUGAUCAGUCUAUAAUGUUAAUGGUAGGUUUAUUUGAACAGUGAGAGACAGAAUAACAACAAAAAAAUCCAGAAAAACGCAUGUCAAAAAUGUUAUAAAUUGAUUUGCAUUUUAAUGAGGGAAAUAAGUAUUUGACCCCUCUGCAGAACAUGACUUAGUACUUGGUGGCAAAACCCUUGUUGGCAAUCACAGAGGUCAGACGUUUCUUGUAGUUGGCCACCAGGUUUGCACACAUCUCAGGAGGGAUUUUGUUCCACUCCUCUUUGCAGAUCUUCUCCAAGUCAUUAAGGUUUCGAGGCUGAUGUUUGGCAACUCGAACCUUCAGCUCCCUCCACAGAUUUUCUAUGGGAUUAAGGUCUGGAGACUGGCUAGGCCACUCCAGGACCUUAAUGUGCUUCUUCUUGAGCCACUCCUUUGUUGCCUUGGCCGUGUGUUUUGGGUCAUUGUCAUGCUGAAAUACCCAUCCACGACCCAUGUUCAAUGCCCUGGCUGAGGGAAGGAGGUUCUCACCCAAGAUUUGACGGUACAUGGCCCCGUCCAUCGUCCCUUUGAUGCGGUGAAGUUGUCCUGUCCCCUUAGCAGAAAAACACCCCCAAAGCAUAAUGUUUCCACCUCCAUGUUUGACGGUGGGGAUGGUGUUCUUGGGGUCAUAGGCAGCAUUCCUCCUCCUCCAAACACUGCGAGUUGAGUUGAUGCCAAAGAGCUCGAUUUUGGUCUCAUCUGACCACAACACUUUCACCCAGUUCUCCUCUGAAUCAUUCAGAUGUUCAUUGGCAAACUUCAGACGGGCCUGUAUAUGUGCUUUCUUGAGCAGGGGGACCUUGCGAGCGCUGCAGGAUUUCAGUCUUCAUGGCGUAGUGUGUUACCAAUUGUUUUCUUGGUGACUAUGGUCCCAGCUGCCUUGAGAUCAUUGACAAGAUCCUCCCAUGUAGUUCUGGGCUGAUUCCUCACCGUUCUCAUCAUCAUUGCAACUCCACGAGGUGAGAUCUUGCAUGGAGCCCCAGGCCGAGGGAGAUUGACAGUUAUUUUGUGUUUCUUCCAUUUGCGAAUAAUCGCACCAACUGUUGUCACCUUCUCACCAAGCUGCUUGGCGUUGGUCUUGUAGCCCAUUCCAGCCUUGUGUAGGUCUAUAAUCUUGUCCCUGACAUCCUCGGAGAGCUCUUUGGUCUUGGCCAUGGUGGAGAGUUUGGAAUCUGAUUGAUUGAUUGCUUCUGUGGACAGGUGUCUUUUAUACAGGUAACGAACUGAGAUUAGGAGCACUCCCUUUAAAAGUGUGCUCCUAAUCUCAGCUCGUUACCUGUAGAAAAGACACCUGGGAGCCAGAAAUCUUUCUGAUUGAGAGGGGGUCAAAUACUUAUUUCCCUCAUUAAAAUGCAAAUCAAUUUAUAACAUUUUUGACAUGCGUUUUUCUGGAUUUUUUUGUUGUUAUUCUGUCUCUCACUGUUCAAAUAAACCUACCAUUAAAAUUAUAGACUGAUAAUUUCUUUGUCAAUGGGCAAACAUACAAAAUCUGCAGGGGAUCAAAUACUUUUUUCCCUCACUGUAAAUCCUCCUUAUCCGUCUGGCUCGGAGGUACUGCUCUAGAAUACUCCCACUAAGCACGAACUGACACAGGCAUUGAUUUCAACAUCCACAGAGUACAGUAUAGCACAGUAGCGUGUACUGUAUUGUACCCUACUUUACUCUAAUGUACAAUGCUCUACCAAACUGUACUUUACUUAUCUGUACUCUACUGAAUUCAACUCUACUCUACUGUACUCUACUGAAUUAAAUGCUACUGUCCCUAACCAUACGUUACGGUACUCUACUGUACUCUACUCUACCGUACUCUACUCUACUGUACUCUACUGUACUCUACUGAGCUCUACAGCAGUGCUUCCCAAACUGUGGGAACCACUGUCAUUAAGCAGACACUUUUAUCCAGAGUGACUUACAGUCAGUGUAUUCUACUAAGGUAGAUAAACAACAACAUAUUACAGUCAUAACAAUAUAUAUUUUUCUGUAACUGUUAGUCAGAAUGUUAUUGUAGUUGAAAUGAUCUGUUGGUUUAUUCUGUAGGUUGGAGUACUUUGAACAUCAUCACUGCCAGUUUUAAAGUUUUUGAAAAAGCUAACAUAAGUGCAUGUGACAGAUGUUGCAAUCUACAUUUAGCUCCUCUUUCCUAUAAAAAUUUUUUAAUAUUAUUGUGAUAUAAUGCUUACUUCAUUGAGAAUGGAUGUGCAGUUGAAAUUUGGCCAUAGAAUCAAUGACCAAAAAAAUACAUAUUUUCAACGUCUGUAAAUUCCGUCUUUUCACCUUUCAUUCAGCACCUAAAAUGAACCUAACUUCAACAUCUGGCAAAGACGUCUUUUCAAUGUAAUUUUGCUUACUGGGCUGUAUCAUUCAUGAAUAAACUGAAUGCUUAAAAAGGGAAGUAUGAAUAUUUCCUCAGUAAUAACAUGUUGUUGGUGUAUAUUAUCUUACUCUCUUGCUGUCUCUGAUGGCUCUAGGAGUUUCUCAGAGUUGUACCAGAAAGCCAUCCAGGAUGCAGAACGUAAGCCUGGGGAGGGCCAGUCUGGAGAGGCCUGGGUACUGGACGAGAGGGAGGAGGAAGAAGAGAUGGAGGAAGAGGAACGUGAACAGGGAGAGGGAAAGGAGGCAGAGACGAUGGAGGGACCAGCUGAAGGAGGAGAGGCUGAGGAGACGGGACAGGCUGAGGAGGACCAGGGGGACCAGAGGGACCAGGGGGACCAGGACUCCCUAUUCUUCACACCCAGCCUGCCUCUUUUACGGGCCACCUCCCUGCAUGACCACCCCCCCAACCAGACCAUGGAGGAGAUCACCCCCUCCCAGAUAACACGCAGCUACUCCCUAGAGUACUCCCGGGACAUAUGUGACGGGUACGUGGCCUCCACCCUCAGCCUCAUCAUAAGCUUCAGGUUAUCUCUGCUUCACUCAGAGGAUUUUCUGACAUCCCAGGGCUCGACAUUAACGCUUGUCCUCUCAUUAAAAAAAAAAAUCGGACUGAGUGUACAAAACAUUAGGAACACCAAUCUUCCCAUGACAUAGACUGACCAGGUGAAUCCAGGUGAAAGCUAUGAUCCCUUAUUGAUGUCAAUCAGUGUAGAUGAAGGGGAGGAGACAGGUUAAAGAAGGAUUGUUAAGCCUUAAGACAAUUUAGACAUGGAUUGUGUAUGUGUGCCAUUCAAAGGGUGAAUGGGCAAUAUUUAAGUGCCUUUGAACGGGGUAUGGUAGUAGGUGCCAGACGCUCCGGUUUGAGUGUGUCAAGAACUACAACGCUGCUGGGCUUUUCACGCUCAACAGUUUCCUGCGUGUAUCAAGAAUGGUCCAUCACCCAAAGGACAUACAGCCAACUUGACACAACUGUGGGAAGCAUUGGAGUCAACAUGGGCCAGUAUCCCUGUGGAACGCUUUCGACACCUUGUAGAGUCCAAGCCCCGACAAAUUGAGGCUGUUCCAUGGGCAAAAGGGGGUGCAACUCAAUAUUAGGAAGGUGUUCCUAAUGUUUUAUACACUCAGUGUAGAUAUAAGUUGUCCGAAUGGACAAGUAACAAAAUAUUACACAAAAAUCACAAUAUCUAACAAUUACUCUGAUCAGAGAAGCCAAUAAUAUUUUAAUCGAUUUUCCAUGUACAUAAAUAAAAGAGCCUACAGGUCAAAGUGUAGGUGAUAUGCAUACGGGCUACAGCCUGAUGUCCAAACCCAUGCUGGCAUGAGAAAGGCCCCAGAAAAUGGAGCCAAACUUUAAUGAGACUUUUAAUUCCAUAAAUAUAGGUUAAACGCCAGUCAUGUUUGACAAAUAUAAUGAAGGAUAAUUAACAUUAAUGCAAAAAAAAAAAAAAAAAGAUAACAUUAACAUCUAAAGGCUUGAUUCUGUCGACAUACUCCAGGCAUGGUUCAUUUAGAUAAAGUGGUCACGAGACCGGAGAGUAAAGGACAGUGCCUGCCCUGUUACACACUGCACAUGACCCACCUUGAAUCUGAGUGGAGGCGGUUCAGCAUUUUGAAACUAUUUAACAAUAAACGUAAUUGUUUAAAACCUGGACGUUUUAUGUAAUUUUAUGAAGCAUGUCUUACCUUGUUUCAAAGUAGCCUAGCCAAAAUACGACCAUAUAAAUGUUGAGGGAAUUAUUUUAUAAACACUUAAUAUGCUAUUGAAACCAGCAUUUUUAUCAUGUUCUAUUGGUUUUCAAAUCAACAUUAUUGUAUUGUCAGGCAGCCAAAGGCACAAUCCUAGUCAUAUUAGUAACUCAUGCUAGUUGAUGCAUCUUUAGAUUUCCCCUCGUACUUUCUAACAGAUAUUUUCAUCGGACAUAGAACCGCUUGUGCAUGUGGUGCGUUUUUGAGAAAGGUGUUUUGCACGUAGCCUACAGCCAUGUGUGCAUUGUUGAGCUUAUAAUAUGCAUUGUUGAGCAUAUAAUAUGCAUUGUUGAGCUUAUAAUAUGAAGAAAUAAUAUAUAAACUUUAUCAACAUUUUAAGCUUAAUGGUCUGGUUUGUUGCAUCAGCCUCAUUGCUUUUUAAAAUGUUUUAUAAACAUUUAUACAAACAAACAUUUAUACAAAUAAAUGUUGGUUGUAUACAUUUUGGAUCUCUCGCCCCCGAACUGUCCCAGAGUCAGUUUUGAACUGUAGACAUAUCUUUUAUCGUCCCAGGGACAAUGGGACGACAUACAUUUCGAGCCCUGGAGGGAAUUUAUUUUAUAAUGACAUAAAAAGUAUUUUGUUGUAAUUGUAAUGUUGUAAUAUUUUAUAGGCUACCAAGGGUGGCCAACCAUCUUCCAGGAGAGCCUUAAAGGGGCAGUGUUGUAUUUUGAGGCAGACUUGAAUAUGCGAAGAGUGUAAAAAUAUCGUUAAAAAGAUAACAAUGCAUUUUAUUUUGUAAAGCGGUUCCUUGCAUCAUACAAUUAUGUAAAAAUGGUGUUACAGACAUUUUUUUUUGGGGGGGGGGGUACAAGUGACUUCAGUUUAUGGACAAGUGAAAAAUCUGUUCUACUUGUCCCAAGGAUAAGUGGCUAAAACAUUUAAUGUCAAGCCCUGUAUCCUAGUCAUCCUGCGUUAAGACAUAAUGGUUUUAUGAGGUAUUAUUUUGUGUGUGUGUAUUUAUGGUUUCACUGUAAGCAGAAGCAGACUGCUAAAUUCAAAUCUUAGCACACAUUUUUGCUAUCCUGAAGAUUACUAGAUUAACUAGUUUGCCCUCCAGAUUGGAUUGGAAAGUCAUUAGUAUAAACACCGGAUUUAUAAUCUACGUACAGUAUGUCUCAAUCUCCCCGUAUCUCUGUGACAGGCAUGUGUAUGACAACGUGGGUGUAAAGGUGGAACGUCACAUCUAUGAGAACCUAGGGGAGCUGAGCGACGCCAUGCCUGACCUCAUUCUGGCUGUCAAACCCAAGGUGCCCCUGAACGAGGAACAGGUACAGAGACACACACGGACAUGAAGAAAGAUGACAAUCUGGAGAGUGAUCUGAUGAAGGUUUCCUAUUCGAUAAACCUCUAACCCCCCCCCCCUCUCUCUCUCUCUCUCUCUCUCUCUCUCUCUCUCUCUCUCUCUCUCUCUCUCUCUCUCUCUAGUUUGUAGGGGCUGAGUUGGGUGAGCAGAGGGCAUUAGCGAGUGACCCCUCCCUGUCCUCCACCCGGUUGUCGUGUCUGGACAGAGCAGAGAGAAACUCCCGAGCUCUGAGCCUACACAACUCCAUCACCAAGAGUGGGUAUUCCACUACACAGCCAUCACUCCAUCCUCCACAACAUCCCCAUUUCUCUCAAAUGUCUUCACACACCUCUAUACCAUCAACACAUCCUCAAAUAUCAACUUCUCCUAGAUAGACUUCCUCUUUUUAGAUGAGGUUGGUGAUGUGUUAUGAAUCCUACUUCCUAUGUAUUUCUCCUGUAUAAAACAGCCUGCAUGGACGAUAGCAGAGAGGCAUCUCCUCAGUGAUCUUGAUAACACUCAUAAUCGAUGACAAACAGACAGUUGUUCCUCUGCCACAGCACCAACAGCUUGAGAGUGAGAGCAGUCAAACAAAAGAAACAAACUGUAAAGAGAGAGAGAUGAGUAGCCAUGAUAAAAGGAGGAGUGUGAAGGCUGAUUGGACAAACAGACAGACAGCUGUCUGAAACAAAAGUCCUCUGUGCAGACCCUGUGCCCUGUACCAGCUGAUAAGGCCAGGCGGAAUGGUGCUGAAAUUGAACAAUUACAACUGUUAAAAAUGCUCUCUGCUGUAAUUGAGCCUCAAAUCCCUUUUUAGCCUCCAGACCCUUUCUCCCCUAAACCCCUCUCCUCAUUAUCCUCCUUUAGCCCUCCCUUCCAUCCCUUUGUCCCUCGUCUUUCAUCUAGGCUGCCCCCUAUCCCACUAACCCAAUAUGCCCCCCGCCCCUCUACCACCCCCUACCAGCUCCAGUCUAAAGGAGGGACAGAUGGGGGGUGGGAGGGGUGGGGUUUAGGCUGCCUCAAAUCAGGGAUCCCUUUUGGACCAUCUGCUCUCUCUCUUUCUCUGCCAUGAGGCUAUUACACUCAUCAUUUCUAUAAGAGCACACACACUCAUCCUCUCAGCAAAUACUUUAGCUUUUUCAGAGGAGAUUGCCUCUGUUUCCUUCCCCACACUCCAGAAGGCAGUCACACACAGAGACAGAAAGAACCCACAUCUCACUAUCGCACUGCAGCUAGUCGGCCAGUGCCACCGAGGCAGCAAAGCAUUGUGAUAGCAUCCCCUAGUGGUGACUCUUUGUCAUUGUUAAACCAGAGAAUGAAUUUGCCUGCUCAUAAAUCCCACAAUUCUAUUGUGUUGUCGUACUGUAUUGUCUUCUAUACAUUCAUGGUCUGCUACUCCCCUCAGAGAUAUGCCUUUGUUAUGAAAGCACAUUGAAACCCUAUUUUCUCUCUCAGUCCUGUCCGAGACCACAGAUUCCUCAGAGGAGGAGUGGCAGUCUAUAGCUGACCUAGCCACUGCCUGCCGCAGCAUCCUAGAGGCCUUGUCACGGGAAGGUAAGAAGACAUCUGCAUGGGAUUACAACAGACAAUGUUUUUUAAAACUAAAUACAUCUGACAUAUUUCACACAUUAGCACUGGAAAUGGCAAUAGUAGCAGUGUUGAAAACAAAACACUGUACAUCUUCUCUUCAGUUUCUAUGACUGUCUCUGUGUGGUUGAGCUCAGUGACUAACAUGGUUGAGUGAUGUGUCAUGUUUCAGACCGUAAAGCAGGAGAUGGGACCCAAGGAGCAGAUGGAAAGCUAAAGGACAUGAAGGACAGGUGGGUUUGAGUCUCUAGCUGUACACACACACACACACACACACACACACACACACACACACACACACACACUGAGAGUGGGUCACUGUAGACCUCUGCAUGUUUCUCUGUGUAUGUGAACUCCAAAUGGUGUCUGACUCAUUGUGUGGAUCUGUGGCUGUGGGAGUUUCUGAUUCAGAGAUGGACUAUUGAACAUUUUUCAUAGUUCAGCCUCUGUUGCGCAUCAUGAUACUGGCUCAUUGGCAUAUUGCAUGUCCUUAUCUCUCUCCUCCUCAUAUCUCACACAUUCUCUUUCUUGAAGUCUCCAACUAACUAACACUUAUUCUCUGUUCUGUCAUGUAUUUUCAUUCGGAUUUAGUCAGCGCAUCAGCCUCCCUCCUUGACUCAGUGUGGUGGCGUUUCUCUUUCAGCCCAUUCCCUCCUUAUUGUCUCUCCCAUUCUGACUCCAUGUCUCUCUUGCUCACAAACUUACAUAUAUUUUACUCACUAUCUUCUAAUACACACACACACCAAACCAAAAGACAGGGUCCGUACAGGUAACACAUACUGACACUACCUAACUACAGGUAACACAUACUGACACUACCUAACUACAGGUAACACAUACUGACACUACCUAACUACAGGUAACACAUACUGACACUACCUAACUACAGGUAACACAUACUGACACUACCUAACUACAGGUAACACAUACUGACACUACCUAACUACAGGUAACACAUACUGACACUACCUAACUACAGGUAACACAUACUGACACUACCUAACUACAGGUAACACAUACAGACACUACCUAACUACAGGUAACACAUACUGACACUACCUAACUACAGGUAACACAUACUGACACUACCUAACUACAGGUAACACAUACUGACACUACCUAACUACAGGUAACACAUACAGACACUACCUAACUACAGGUAACACAUACUGACACUACCUAACUACAGGUAACACAUACAGACACUACCUAACUACAGGUAACACAUACUGACACUACCUAACUACAGGUAACACAUACUGACACUACCAAACUACAGGUAACACAUACUGACACUACCUAACUACAUGUAACACAUACUGACACUACCUAACUACAGGUAACACAUACAGACACUACCUAACUACAGGUAACACAUACAGACACUACCUAACUACAGGUAACACAUACAGACACUACCUAACUACAGGUAACACAUACUGACACUACCUAACUACAGGUAACACAUACAGACACUACCUAACUACAGGUAACACAUAUAGACACCACCUAACUACAGGUAACACACACAUACACUACCUAACUACAGGUAACACAUACUGACACUACCUAACUACAGGUAACACAUACAGACACUACCUAACUACAGGUAACACAUACUGACACUACCUAACAACAGGUAACACACACAGACACUACCUAACUACAGGUAACACAUAUAGACACCACCUAACUACAGGUAACACAUACAGACACUACCUAACUACAGGUAACACAUACAGACACUACCUAACUACAGGUAACACAUUCAGACACCACCUAACUACACCAUAUGAGCAUGGUGGAACCUGACAUUAUCCCACACAAUGACAUAGGUCACGCCACCAGCUCUACAGGCCUGAUCGAGCUCAUCAAGGAAGGUUACAAGGGGACCAUAGAAACGGUGUCUGAUAAAGAAUGAUGAUGAAAUAUUACAUCCAUAGAUAAUGUAGUCUAAUUGGUUCAUGCUCCAUGCUAAUUGGUGACAAUGAAUCUCGUUACUUUGAAACUUUCAUGAUCUAAACAUAGAAUAUUGUUUGUCUGUUUCCAUCCAAUCAGCAGGGGAUCAAAUAUUUUUUCCCUCACUGUAACUACAGGUACCACAUACUGACACGACCUAACUACAGGUAACACAUACUGACACUACCUAACUACAGGUAACACAUACAGACACUACCUAACUACAGGUAACACAUACUGACACUACCUAACUACAGGUAACACAUACUGACACUACCAAACUACAGGUAACACAUACUGACACUACCUAACUACAUGUAACACAUACUGACACUACCUAACUACAGGUAACACAUACAGACACUACCUAACUACAGGUAACACAUACAGACACUACCUAACUACAGGUAACACAUACAGACACUACCUAACUACAGGUAACACAUACUGACACUACCUAACUACAGGUAACACAUACAGACACUACCUAACUACAGGUAACACAUAUAGACACCACCUAACUACAGGUAACACACACAUACACUACCUAACUACAGGUAACACAUACUGACACUACCUAACUACAGGUAACACAUACAGACACUACCUAACUACAGGUAACACAUACUGACACUACCUAACAACAGGUAACACACACAGACACUACCUAACUACAGGUAACACAUAUAGACACCACCUAACUACAGGUAACACAUACAGACACUACCUAACUACAGGUAACACAUACAGACACUACCUAACUACAGGUAACACAUUCAGACACCACCUAACUACACCAUAUGAGCAUGGUGGAACCUGACAUUAUCCCACACAAUGACAUAGGUCACGCCACCAGCUCUACAGGCCUGAUCGAGCUCAUCAAGGAAGGUUACAAGGGGACCAUAGAAACGGUGUCUGAUAAAGAAUGAUGAUGAAAUAUUACAUCCAUAGAUAAUGUAGUCUAAUUGGUUCAUGCUCCAUGCUAAUUGGUGACAAUGAAUCUCGUUACUUUGAAACUUUCAUGAUCUAAACAUAGAAUAUUGUUUGUCUGUUUCCAUCCAAUCAGCAGGGGAUCAAAUAUUUUUUCCCUCACUGUAACUACAGGUACCACAUACUGACACGACCUAACUACAGGUAACACAUACAGACACUACCUAACUACAGGUAACACAUACAGACACUACCUAACUACAGGUAACACAUACUGACACUACCUAACUACAGGUAACACAUACAGACACUACCUAACUACAGGUAACACAUACUGACACUACCUAACUACAGGUAACACAUACAGACACUACCUAACUACAGGUAACACAUACUGACACUACCUAACUACAGGUAACACAUACAGACACUACCUAACUACAGGUAACACAUACAGACACUACCUAACUACAGGUAACACAUACAGACACUACCUAACUACAGGUAACACAAACUGACACUACCUAACUACAGGUAACACAUACAGACACUACGCAACUACAGGUAACACAUACUGACACUAGCUAACUACAGGUAACACACACAGACACUACCUAACUACAGGUGAAACAUUCAGACACUACCUAACUACAGGUAACACAUACAGACACUACCUAACCACAGGUAACAAAUACAGACACUACGCAACUACAGGUAACACAUACUGACACUAGCUAACUACAGGUAACACACACAGACACUACCUAACUACAGGUAACACAUACUGACACUAGCUAACUACAGAUAACACAUACAGACACUACCUAACUACAGGUGAAACAUUCAGACACUACCUAACUACAGGUAAAACAUACAGCCACCACCUAACUACAGGUAACACAUACUGACACUAUCUAACGACAGGUAACACAAACAGCCACCACCUAACUACAGGUAACACAUACUGACACUACCUAACUACAGGUAACACAUACAGACACUACCUAACUACAGAUAACACAUACAGACACUACCUAACUACAGAUAACACAUACAGACACUACCUAACUACAGGUAACACAUACAGACACUACCUAACUACAGGUAACACAUACAGAUACUACCUAACUACAGGUAACACAUACUGACACUACCUAACUACAGUUAACACACACAUACACUACCUAACUACAGGUAACACAUACUUAUACUACCUAACUACAGGUAACACAUACAGACACCACCUAACUACAGGUAACACAUACAGACACCACCUAACUACAGGUAACACAUACAGACACUACCUAACUAUGAAGCCCCUAAAUAAGAUCUGGUGCAAACAAUUACCUUCAGAAGUCACAUAAUUAGUUAAAUAAAGUCCACCUGUGUGCAAUCUAAGUGUCACAUGAUCUAUCACAUGAUCUCAGUAUAUAUACACCUGUUCUGAAAGGCCCCAGAGUCUGCAACACCACUAAGCAAGGGGCACCACCAAGCAAGCGGCACCAUGAAGACCAAGGAGCUCUCCAAAUAGGUCAGGGACAAAGUUGUGGAGAAGUACAGAUCAGGGUUGGGUUAUAAAAUAAUAUCCGAAACUUUGAACAUCCCACGGAGCACCAUUAAAUCCAUUAUUAAAAAAUUAAAAGAAUAAUGCACCACAACAAACCUGCCAAGAGAGGGCCGCCCACCAAAACUCACGGACCAGGCAAGGAGGGCAUUAAUCAGAGAGGCAACAAAGAUAACCCUGAAGGAGCUGCAAAGCUCCACAGCGGAGAUUGGAGUAUCUGUCCAUAGGACCACUUUAAGCCGUACACUCCACAGAGCUGGGCUUUAUGGAAGAGUGGCCAGAAAAAAGCCAUUGCUUAAAGAAUAAAAUAAGCAAACACGUUUGGUGUUCGCCAAAAGGCAUGUGGGAGACUCCCCAAACAUAUGGAAGAAGGUACUCUGGUCAGAUGAGACUAAAAUUGAGCUUUUUGGCCAUCAAGGAAAACGCUAUAUCUGGCGCAAACCCAACACCUCUCAUCACCCCGAGAACACCAUCCCCACAGUGAAGCAUGGUGGUGGCAGCAUCAUGCUGUGGGGAUGUUUUUCAUCGGCAGGGACUGGGAAACUGGUCAGAAUUGAAGGAAUGAUAGAUGGUGCUAAAUACAGGGAAACCUGUUUCAGUCUUCCAGAGAUUUGAGACUGGGAUGGAGGUUCACCUUCCAGCAGGACAAUGACCAUAAGCAUACUGCUAAAGCAACACUCGAGUGGUUUAAGGAGAAACAUUUAAAUUUCUUGGUAUGGCCUAGUCAAAGACCAGACCUCAAUCCAAUUGAGAAUCUGUGGUAUGACUUAAAGAUUGCUGUACACCAGCGAAACCCAUCCAACUUGAAGGAGCUGGAGCAGCUUUGCCUUGAAGAAUGGGCAAAAAUCCCAGUGGCUAGAUUUGCCAAGCUUAUAGAGACAUACCCCAAGAGACUUCCAGCUGUAAUUGCUGCAAAAGGUGGCUCUACAAAGUAGUUAUGCACGCUCAAGUUUUCAGUUUUUUUGUCUUAUUUCUUGUUUGUUUCACAAUAAAAAAUAUUUAGCAUCUUCAAAGUGGUAGGCAUGUUGUGUAAAUCAAAUGAUACAAACCCCCAAAAAAUCAAUUUUAAUUCCAGGUUGUAAGGCAAAAAAAAUAGUAAAAAUGCCAAGGGGGGUGAAUACUUUCGUAAUUACAGGUAACUGCCAAAAUAAUGCAAACACUUGAGUAAAUGAGGGAUACAAAGUAUAUUGAAAGCAGGUGCUUCCACACAGGUGUGGUUCCUGAGUUAAUUAAGGAAUUAACAUCCCAUCAUGCUUAGGGUCAUAUAUAAAAAUGCUCAGUUGCCCAUUAUUUUGGCUACCAUGGCUAGAAGAGAUCUCAGUGACUUUGAAGUAGUGGUCUCACAGGAGCAUAGGGGGUUUAAAGGUUGUGUGUGUGUGUGUCUCAGUCACCAGAUCUCAACCCAUUUGAACACUAAUGGGAGAUUCUGGAGCGGAUAUUGAGACCUCGUUAUCCACCACCAUAAAAAAAAAAAAGAUUAUGGAAUUUCUCGUGGAAGAAUGGUUUCACAGACUGUAGAAUCUAUGCCAUGGUGCAUUGAAGCUGUUCUGGCAGCUCAUGGUGGCCCAACGCCCUAUUAAGACACUUUAUGUUGGUGUUUCCUUUAUUUUGGCUGUUACCUGUUUCCUUUAUUUUGGCUGUUACCUGUCUAUGCAUUAUGCUGAGCAUUUGUCUCUGUCCCGUGUCCCUGCAGUGACUCCCCUGGCCACCUGGAGGAGAAGGUGUCCCAGCUGGAGGCCAUGCUGAAGAGGCUGCAGGAUGACCUGCAAAAGGUACUCCCAAUUCAGAUGGCCAACCACAGCCCCUCCCCAGACCCCCCUCACAGCAUCCUGCCCACACAGUGACCCCCCCCCCCCCCCCCCCCCCCCCCCCCCCCCCCCCUCCCUCCGCCUCCCCCAACCCCCUGACUCCUACUGCAGACACACAAACACACAGAGGGAAUGUAGAGGUAGGGCGGGCUGCAGGCGGGACAAGCAAAAGAAACCUGUCUUGUCAUUGGGCAGGGUGAACAGAGGAGAUGAGAAGAUUGGCUGGAGGGACUUUGGGCAACCAUGCUCACUCUCUCAACACUAAGCGACCAAUGGCAUUAGAGGCAAGUACAGCAUGAGAUUUUUCCUCUGUUGUUGUGUUAAGACAGCAAAACAAUAACAUUUGGAAAUGGAUCUACUAAAAAACAGGCCCGAGUUCAUUAACCCAAUAACCCAAAACCACCACUGGGGUCCUUCAUGGAUGUGAAAAAUUGAAGUGAAGUUCCUCUUCACAACCCUGAAAGUCUGACUGGCUGUCAGUCAUCCCUCUGUGCAGCCUCUGGAUCUCUUAGCACCAUUUUCUCACUCCAUUCACCGGCUCUACUCUGGGAAACAUAGGGACAUGGGGAUGUCAUUUGAAGUCCUCACAACUGCUGAAUGACUAGUUACUCUUGUAAUGUUAACUUGAUUACACAACUUAGAGCAUGUGGAGAGGAAAAGGAAGAAGCAAAUUGGAGAAAGGGGGAGAGAGAAAGGGCGAAAGAAGGAGAGAGAAAGAGAGUUUGGAAGCCUCCCAAGCAUCCUUAAACACAUUCUCAAUUGGGUGAAACAUGAUUCCUGUGUUACAGUAACAAGGGUGUUUAAUCUCGGAGGUCAAAUGAAACCCUAUGGUAUGCAGUGUUCUAUAUCCCCUCCAACCAAGUCCUUUUCACCACUCAUAUAUCCAAGAGAUGCCACACUGCCUGAGUUUAAAACUGGCAUCCAACUAAGUGAAUGACAUUCUAAGGAUUUUGUUGCAAAUGCUAUUCGCUCAACUUGGUUCUUGAAACAUGUGAGACAUAAAGCACACAAAAGAAUCAAACUCUGCAUAUAUUCUGGUCACAAUCCUGUGGCUAUAACACCAACAUAACCAAAGUCUUACCCUCUGUUUUUGUCUUUAACUCCCUACGCUUCCUCUGAAAACUCACCAUUAACACAGUAUUAUCAUCAAUUUAGACAACACAGAGACAUUGACUGUCAGGGACAAUGAACCAAGAAGGAGGACAACCUAACAGGGAACUGCCACAUCAGAUGACCCAUUUCCACUUUUCUCUGUUGUUUACCCUCUGCCCUGGGAGAGUGAGUGAGCAUGGUUGGUUAUGGGCUGUCCCUAGUAUGUUCAGUAGAAAUAGGACUCACCGAAGAUUGUGGGAGGAGCUGGUUGUGUUCCAUUCCGAAGUGUAAUGUGUCACAUAGACUACUUUUGGUUAGUCUUUGGUUUCUGUCCAUGACUGCCAAGACAGGGAGGGUUUACAGUACUGGAGCUAGUACAGUAUGAGCAAUCAUCUGAUGUGGUGAUGAGAAUGUGUUCCUUUGCUUUCUGUGUGAGUUACAUCUCUAUAUUUGUUAAUUUUCCAAUUAUAAAGCUGAGUACUGGUUAUUUCAGGUUAAUUUAUUUGCUUUAGGGCAAAGUUGCACUAUGGCCCACUAGGGAACCAGCAAGGCCAUACAGUACUGCUGCUACCAAAGAGAAGUCCUAUUGACCCAGAUUGAUGAUAAUACCUAACUGGUUUCAUCUAUCAUUAAUUGUUAUUGUCAACUAACCAUAAACCGCCCACUCCUCAUGCCACGAGUCCCACGACUCACAACCCAGCAGACAGACAGACAGCACUGGAGUCUGUCAGGAUAGAACCCACUCUCUGUGUACACAAUCAAAUAAAUCAACACCAUUACACAAGGCAAUGGUGUGUGAAGGCAAUAUUACAUUACAUUCAUGCCAUUUAUUUUUGGGAUUGAGUUUGAAUAAAUCCAAUCACCAAGUUAAUUGGCCAGGCGAAGUAUAGCUCGCUCACUCAUGGCACACUGUACUUAUUGAAGAUUAAGUUACAAUGAGCUUACAUUUCAUAACAUUGCUCAAACCCCUUACCCACUGCAGCGAAUCCCUUACAGAAAAACCACAUGAUUUCACAUGUGGAAAAUCACAUGAUUUUACAAAAUCACAUGAUUGGAACACUUCACAUGUGAUGACAUGUUUUCACAUGUGAUCACGAUUUCACGUGUAGUUUGGUGUUAUCACAUGUUGCUUUACAUGUUGUCACCUUAUCACAUUAACUUCACAUAAGAGCACGCGAUCACAUGAAAAUAUGUAUUUGUGUAACACUUCACGUGGUCACGUGAAAUUCAUGUGUUUUUUCUGUAAAGGGAUCUGGCAUAUUACUCUGCACUCAGUGUUGCCAACUUUCUGCAAUGAAGCAAUCUUUCUUUAUUGAUCAAUGACUUUGUUCUGCAAGUGAACAGAAGAUGUGGCAAUGCACUACACUUUUGGAGGGUUACAAAAAGUCAGUUAAAGGUAGUGUGAAAGUAAUGCAGUUGGCAAAACUGGUUGUGGUGGUAGUGGCCCCUGUCUGUUUGUCUAUCCUGAGUCUCUGGUUUCCUGUCUCUGUUGCUACCGUAUAUGACAUAGCAAACAGGAAGCAUUUACUAUGGCAAAUCACCGCUCUGAAAGUUGCAAUAGCUGAUUUCAAACUCAGUUCCAAGUAGUGAGGGACUAGGGUGACCCCUGCUGUUUGGUAGAUUAGGAAUGCAAGUCAUUUUGGAGCUUGAGUCUUUAUAGAAAUGUCACUUGUAUAACAAUCAGCUACAUUAGAAAUGUGAUGUCACCAGGCAGGCCAAAACUCCAUCCCACCAAAACAGUCUGACAUUUCUGGCGGUCUUUUCUAACAGCUAAAAUGGCAUUAUCAUAAAGUUCACAAUUUCACAGUAUUAUUCCAACCUCACAGUGUGGAAAUAUACAUAAAACACAGGAAAAUCAAGUUGUUGACUGCACUGGACCUUUAAUAAGAGAUUGAUUUAUGAAUUGGUUGUAUAGUCUCAAACAUGUGGUUGCCAUAGUAAAUCCGUCUGAACAUUUCCUCCAUACACCACCUCUCCCCAUGGAGUGCUUUUAUGGAAGGAAAUUGGUUUGUAUUUGCGUGUGUGUGCGUGCAAGCAUCUGGUAUGUGUGUGUGCUUCUCCAGUACCCUGUCUUGCACUGCCUCCACCACUACAAGGCAUGUAUGUGUAUGUUUGUGAAACCCUCUGUCUGUGUGUGCCUGUAGUCUUGCCCACUCCAUGCUGCCACCCCUCACCCACCUCCACCCAUACCCAGCCCUCUCUCACCCCUCCAUCCAUCCCAGCCAUGGUGGUCUGACAGACGGGUGUUGUUGUGUGCCGCUCCCUGGCAGGAGAAGGAGGACAAGGCGGUGCUGCAGGCCGAGGUGCAGAGCCUCAGGCAGAAUAACCAGCGGCUGCAGGAGGAAUCCCAGAGCACCGUGGCCCGCCUCAUCAAAGUCACCGAGCUGCUGUGCAAUGUCAACAAGCCCUGUUAGCUCCACCACAGUACACACUGUGGACACACACACAGAUCACACACAAACAAACAAAUACACACAGACGAUCGCACACAGAUCACAAACAUACACGCCGGACACACACCGCAUUCAAUAUUGUAUACAAACACACCUGCAGAGUACAUCAACCUUCUCUACACCACGUAUAUAGACACAUGCACAAUACUCUGCAUUCUGUAGGACGACAUUUUACCUCUGGGCAAGCCCAUGGGUGCAGAACCAACUCAAAAAACAACUCUGAGACAUUUCUCACCAUCUGAUGGUCUUCUCAAUAGAUUGACCAAUGGUUGUGCUUUACCCAAGAGUGUGUUUUGUACCUUGAGUGUGCGCAAGUGAGUGUGUGUGUGUGCGUGCGUCACUAUGGUUCUUUUAUCUUGCUUCACAUACUUGACAAGUUGGGCAGAAUAGCAAUUGCUUAAAACAACCCAAUUGAUUUAGAUGAAGAGACACGUGUGCAGCAUGUUUGGUGGCUGUUUAUUUCAAUUGACACAAAGCGUGUGUAUGUCUCAUGAUGUACGUAUGUAAACAGUAGUCUCCCUCUCCUCUCUGCUCAACCCACUCCAUGAUAUGCAACGUCUUGGAAUGAGAACAGUUCAGCUGUGCACCCUUAGAGUGGAGGGCCUUGGAUCUACAUAUUAUACAGAAAAAGGGAAAAUGACAAUUGCAUGCCUGCAGGUAACCUGCUUGAAUAGACGGAAUGAUGCAUACUGACCCUACCUGUCUCUGCCAACCUUAUCACGGAUUAGUUAAUUUAUUGUGUAGAGACACCAUUCUCUCCCCUCCAUACCUCCUCAGCUUCAUUUCAAGGGUUGUGGACUUGAGUAUUUCACGUCUGCUUCCAGUGAAUGAGACACACUUUACUUAUAAGGGAAUUGACUCACCGAAUUAAUUCUGAUUGAGUUGAAACGGAUAUUGAAGUGGAUAAUACCUCUGCUGAGGAUGAAACAAUUGGAGAGAUGAAAGACUGGCUGUAGAAGCUAUGCUGUAGAAAGUGCACCUCCUGCUGGACUGAACCAUGCAUUGCCACAAGGCAGCUCUCCUUUUAGACAAAAAUAUUGUAGGGAUUUAAUGUGAACUAGAGAGGAUUCCUUUAGUGAACACAUCCUUCUGUGUUCCAAUAUAUUUUGUGUUUGAUGUCUACAAUGACAAUUCAGUGUAUUUGAAAUGAAUUCAGAAUGGAGUGGUUGCCUGUGGGUGAAGGAGUCCCCCAUUUCACCCUAAUGUUUUUGCGUGUGUACCUACUGUAUGUGUGUUUCUGCGUUGUUCUUGCACUUUUAGCAUCACCUAUAUCGGCAUGGGACAGGGUACAUAUUUAACCUCCUGCCCAGGUUUAUGCCUUGCUUGAAAAAUUUAAGUGGAUUUGAUCUCACCCCUUCACCUCACCCCACCUCACCUUCAGGUCCACUGCUGAUGACGCCAAAAACAAUGUGAGAUCAGAGGAGAACGGGAUUAUUCCUCCUACAAGACUGUUCUGCCAAAAGAUGCCAAGGCAGCUCUCCUACACCCCACUCAACUCUAACUACUCAAACUCUGGAAGGGAUGCCAAACAAUCGUCACUCAAAGCUCUU